UUCUACAAUACUAUACUUAACUAGAAAAUGGAUGUGCCGCGUAAAUAUGAAUAUAAUGAAAAUGUUUUAUCAAAAUUACCUAGAAAACUUUAUGAAAAGCUUAUGCCGUUUCAAAAAGAAGGGGUGGAAUUUGCCAUUGGAAAAAAUGGUUGUUGUCUCAUAGCUGAUGAGAUGGGUCUUGGCAAAACUCUUCAAGCAAUAUCAGUGGCAUACUAUUACAGAGAUGAAUGGCCUCUUCUAAUCAUUGUACCAUCAUCAUUGAAAUUCUGUUGGAUUGAAGAGCUUGAAAAGUGGUUACCAGAUGUUUUACCACAUCAUAUAAACUUAGUUCAUUGUGGAUCUGAUGCAAGUGGGAUAGCCAACAGUUUGAUAACCAUUGUCACAUAUGGUUUACUGAGACUGCCAUCCAGCAAAGUUUUGAGAGAGGCCAUUGAGUCCUGCAAGUUUAAAGUUGUCAUCUGCGAUGAGUCACAUUAUUUGAAAAAUCAUAAAAGUUUGUCCUGUAAAGUCAUUAUUCCACUCAUCAAGUCUGCAGAAAGAAGAAUAUUACUUUCUGGUACGCCUGCACUGGCUAAACCUGUUGAGCUGUACUCUCAAAUUGAUGCUAUAUGUCCGAAAAAGUUUGGAACCUUCUGGCAGUUUGCAGACAGAUACUGUGAUGCUCACACUGUGUUUUAUGGAAAGUUCAGAAAGAGGAAAAUUGAUGGGGCUAGCAACUUAGAAGAGCUACAAAAGAAACUGACAGAUCUAAUGUUAAUGAUCAGAAGAGAAAAGUCAGAGGUUUUGACAGAGCUUCCUCCAAAACAGAGGCAGAGGAUUUUAUUUGAAUUGAAAGCAUCUGCAUUGAAAAAGGAAAUACUGGAUAAAUUUUCAGAGUUGAGGAAACAAAUCCACCAAGGAAAUAAAGAAGUUCAAAGCAUUUUUCAGGCUGCAGAGGCACAAGAGUUAGUAAGAGACAACAGUUUUGACAAGGAAGGCAACUCCAAACAAGAGUUGAGCAUAUUCAGUCAAAUUUCAAAUCUCUAUAAACUCAGUGGUGAUGCCAAAAUUGGACCAGUUAGAGAAUACAUUGAGAUGCUCUGUGACUCAGAUGAUCUCAAAUUUUUGGUUUUCGCAUACCACCAUGACAUGAUGAAUGGAAUAGAACAAGCUCUUUGGGAGAAAAAUGUCAAAUUUGUUCGAAUAGAUGGCACUACAAAAAGUGUGGACAGGCAGCAAUGCGUGUCACAGUUUCAGUCAGACCCGGACACUCGUGUGGCUAUAUUGAGUAUACUUGCUGCUGGUGUGGGUCUCACUUUUACUGCAGCUAAAUUGGUUGUAUUUGCUGAGUUGUAUUGGACUCCAGGUGUAAUGAUGCAGUGUGAAGAUCGAGCUCACCGUAUCGGACAAACAUGUAGCUUACCCGUGCAUUACCUGGUUGCCAAGGGAACCAUGGACGAGUGGGUCUGGGCAGCUGUUUGUAAAAAGACAGUGGUAACAAGCACUGCCUUGACUGGACGGAGGAAACAGAUAGAGCUCACUGAUGGAAACAAAGAUCAAAUAGAUCUUUUGUCCAAUGCUGAAAUGUGGGAGCCCAAAGCAGAUGACAGCCAACUGAACAUUUCUGACAUAGUUCGAAAUUCUAGACAAGCUGAUCAAAGUUCAAUUUUGGAAUUUUUCACUCCAACAAAACAAUGUGAUUUAAAACCUCCUACAAAGAAAAGAAAACUUUCGGAAAUGGAUACACACCAGACAUCGAAAUUUUCAAAACAGAUUUUAAAAACUGACAAUGGCAAAUUAGAUUUACAGAGCAAAGGGCACACAUCUUCAGAUGUAGUUGUCAUUAGUGAUGAUGAUGAUAAUGACUUUACUAUUAAAUCAUUAAAAAACAAAUUUACUUAUAAAAAGAAGAAAAUGAAUAAUUUACAUGCUGAUGGGAAUGUAGAAGCUCAUAAGAAGCAUUUAAAUGAUCAAACAGUGAAAAUGGAUUUAGAAAAUGAAUGUAGAAAAAAUGAUCACAAAUCUCAGAACAAGCAAAACAUAAUGGAUCAUGUCUGCCAACCUCAAGACUGUGUUAUUUCUUUGUCUAUAAAGCAGCAAGCAGGAGGAAAGAAAGCUUUAGUGAAUGAGAAGAAUGAUGAACUUUUUUCUGGUGAUGGUGAGGUUCAGGAGGAUAACAGCAACACACCCUGGUCCUGUAAGGUGUGUACCUUUAACAAUCACAUUGCUUUAUCCCUGUGUGAAAUGUGUAGCACCCCGAAAAAACACAAAGCUCCUCCCAUGAGUAAAAAGUUAAAUGGAUGUGGUAAAAGAUCUCCAUCACAUUCAAAGAAGCUGGAAUCAUUCCUAAAUGGAUCAUCAAUUACUGAGCCCUUAAUAAAAGAUUCUCAUGAAAAUAAAGAAACAGUAACUUGUGAAAAUACCAACUACACAGCCAUUAAAUCCUCAAAGUCAUCUGAUGAUUCUGAAUCAUCUAUCAAAGAAGAAGAAUUGUUUGAUGAUAUUGAUGAAGAAAAAUCCUUGGAAAAGUCUCUGACAGAAUCUCUUGAACAUUGUUAUAAAUCAUUUACUGAAAAAAGUCAUGAUCUUCCAAACAGAGUUAGUCCCCAUAUCAAUACAUCAAGCAAUAAAACAGAACAGCUACAGAAUCAGCCUUGUAAUGAUAUUUGUAAGAGUCUGAUGUUUAGCUGUAGUCUUUACACUGGACGUAUCUAUGUUUACAAUCAGGAUGGUCUUUCAUUAGAAGCAAGUUUUCUUCCUAUUGAUAUUGAACUUGGAAAUUUAUCUGAACUCCCAUCAAUACUACAGCUAUCUCCAAACUUGAAACUGCUUCAGAAAUUUGUCAGGGAAUGGUCAAGCUUAACAGAAACCAAGAGACGCUUAAUUGCCAAAAAUGGACUUAAGUUUAUCAGUCCAUUGGCUACAUACAACAAGGUCAGGACAGUUAAAGGCAGUAAACAGCGAUAUCUCACUAAGGGAGAUAUUAUGGAGUCAGCUCUGUACAAGGCAAAGGCUGUUCAAGGAUCUAUUAGAUUUAUAAGUAAAGAGCCUACAGUGUCUUCUGCUAUAGCUCAAGAAUCUUCAGGCAAUGAAUCACUGCAAGGUUUAGCUCAGACUGUAACAGAAGAUGGUCUACCUCUGUGUCUUCAUUGCCAGAAACCUUACAGCAAUCCUCUCCUUAUGUCAAAGACUGUAUCCAACCCAGAGAAUGCUUGGCAGUUGAGGCUCUGUUCGUAUCCUUGUAUGGAUAAAUAUUGGACACUGACUAAAGCCAGCUAUUGCAGGGACCAGAUCUAUGAAAUUGAAAAAGGUGUUUGCAAACUUUGUCAGUUUGAUGCAGAUAAUUUCUAUAACAGAAUAAGGGUGACUAAAGGUGCAAAGGUCAAACUUAAUCUUAUUAAUAAAAGUCCCUACAGUGAGCUUACAGCAAAGCAGAAACAAAAGAUGAUUGAACAUCCACAAGCUGGACAGUUCUGGCAUGUGGACCACAUCACUCCUGUCUGGCAAGGUGGGGGAAUGUGUGACCUUGACAAUCUGCGGACCCUGUGCACACCCUGCCACCUGCGAAUAACUCAAAGGCAGGCAGGGGAGAGGGCGACUGUCAAGAAGCUGACAGGAGCCUGCAACAACAGAGACAUAACAGCAUUUUUUCAGAGACUGUGAGGCUGUUCUUAAUCAGAUAUGUUCUUAGCACAAAUUGUGAUGGACUUAAAUAGGUGUUCUCAAUUUAUUUUUGUUUAAAAAAAAUACAAUUGCACUGAAGUGAUUUCUAAUCAAUAUAAAUUUUACAUUUUUUUGGGUUAUAAAUUUUGUGUAUCAAUCAUUUUCAGGUAUCUAUAUUUUGUUUUUACAAAUAUUUUUUUUUAACACUCUACUCAUUUAAUUUUUAUAAAGUUAGUGAGAUAAAUACAAAGAAUAUUUAACUUCUUUAAAAUGAUUGUGGUUUUUAUUACAAAUUUUAUUUACUUUAAAAGAAAUAUGCCUGCUUCUGGGUCUUGUAUAUGUUGAUACAACAAAUGCAACAAUUUUCCCAUUUGAAAUGCUCAAGUAAUAAGAGGAAUUUUUAUAUUUUAUAAGAUCUAAAAUAUAUAAUAUGUUUUGUACAUUCAAGUUUGAUGCAUUUGUAAACAGCAAUUUUUAGAUUUUUUUUAACUUGAAUGUAUUGAACAUUUUUGUUUGACUGUGCAGCAUGAGUUAGGGAAACUCAUCUGCCUAGGUGUUUUACAUUAAAAAAAUAAAUGACUUCAUUUUGUUAUCUUUGUCAUGUUACUCACUGAUCUUAGGUAAUUGAAAAUAAAAUAUUCUUGGUAAAUGUG